AUGGAACCAGAUUGGUAUGAACUAAACACGCCCCAUUUUUCAAAUAAUUAUCCAGAAGACAUGUUAGAUAUGGAACAAUAUGUUUUUUUUAAUGAUAAUAUUGAAUUGCUUAUGGCUAACAAUACCUCUGGCUUAUUCUAUAAUCAAAGGCAAAAUAAAGCCUUGAAUAUGAACGAACCUAAUGCGUCAAAUAUAAGUAAACCUGCUAUUUCAAUUAUGGACGAACCUGAUAAUUUAAAUAGUCAAGAUGAAAAUAAACUGACUGAUGAGCUUGAUGCUGAUCUUGAAGAACAUAAUAAUGAAGUUUUAGAUAGCACAAAUAAU